UGGUAGGUACCUAGGUAUUAGGUAGCGCACCGUCGCCCCUGUACCAGCACCGUCAUGAACGUCCAGCUCUUCCGUUACCGCAACAGCCGAGGCAUGUGCUCAUAGGUGCCGAACCGCCGACCAUCAACACACACACCUUCGAACUCUACGUCCGGCUCAACAUCGUCGCAGUAUUGCGCGCGUCUUGACAUCUUUUCCUCAAGAAAGCCCUUUCAGGUUCCCCAAAAUCAUAGGCGCAGUCAUGAGCGACUCCGACGACAACAAGAGCACGCCCGGCAUCCCAGAAUGGCAGCGUGACCAAAAGACGGAUGCCGAACUCGAGCCGCAGACCCAACAGCCAUCACAGGAUGCUGUACCGAACGAGCCCCCCAGAGAGAACAGCAUCGAAAUCGCUCGCAAGUUUCUGCAAGACGACGAGAUCAAAGACGCGCCGAGGGAGGCAAAGGAGGCAUUUCUCAAGACCAAGGGAAUCUCUUCUACAGAUAUAGAGCAGUUGUUGGGCAGCUCGGUACCCGAACCAGCACACGACACUACCCAAACAGAACGAGCAUCGGCAAGCUCAACACAAGUAACGGCAACGACACCCAAAUCACAAGAAGUACCGACACCACCGCCUAACAACGAGGUCUCUAUCCCGCGCCAAAUAGACCAGCCCCCCGUCGUAACCUACCCCGAGUUCCUCACGAAGUCGACCCGUCCGCCGCCCUUGGUCACCGCCAAUGGAAUCCUUAACACACUCUGUGCCUUCGCCGGCCUCUCCACCCUCCUCUACGGCACGAGUAAGUACGUCGUGGCGCCCAUGGUCGAAACCCUCACCGAAGCGCGCUGUGACCUCCACGACACCACGUCUAAGAACCUCGCCAAGAUCAUCGAGAAGCUCGAGGGCGCCGUCUCGGAGGUCCCCGCCCCCAAGGCGACCGCCGGGCACGGAGAGGCGUACAGGGACGAUGUGAGCAGCUCCAGCGCCGACGACCCGACCGAGAUGUUCCACCGCGACAUCGGCACGCAGACCUCGGUCCCCCCGACGCCCAGGCUCGGCGAGCCCGGCUUCGGGAUGAUGGGGACGGCGGUGGAGCACAGGAAUAGGUCCGCGAGCGACUGGCAGGCCGACAAGCUCGCGCGGCUCAAGAGCUCGGCGGACCUGCUCAAGACGACGGUCGUCUCGGACGCUGAGGACCUCGCAGACCUGAAGUCCAGGAUGGACGUGCUCAAGGACGACCUCGUGCAGCUGGCGUAUCCGAGUCCGCAGGACUAUGGCAGCUACUCGCUCUACGGCGGCCCGCGCAAGAACGAGCCCGAGGACGAGAUCAAGAAGGCGAGGGAUAACAUCCGGAGGGUCAAGGGCGUCCUGCUCAGCACAAGGAAUUUCCCUGCCUCGCCGAGGUGAUGCCCUGGUGGAGGCAGAGCUCUCUUGGCUUGGAAGCAGCGGGCUCAUGCAACGGUUGUAUAUUGACAAAAGGAUUUGUUUGUACCAUACAAUGAAUGACUAACGGCAAUAAAUGACUUCACUUCCUUGGACCACAUGCUCU